AUGGAUGUAGCAAAAGAGAUUGUAACAUUAAUAAAGUUUUCCCCAAAACAUGAAAAUCUGCUGGGAGAAAUACAAGAAAACCUCAAAGAAGGAGAACUGGCCACCCAUGGUAUAAUAAAGCUGUGUCCUACAAGAUGGACAGUAUGUGCAUCAUGUUUCCAACGAAUUCUGGACAAUUACUCAGCUCUUCUUCAAGAAUGGAUAAUUUGUCUAGAUGAAAAACUCCAGGCGGAAAUAUGUGGACGGAUAAUUGGUUGCCAAGCACAAAUGAAAACAUAUGAGUUCUUCUUUGGAUUAAAUUUGGGUCAACAGUUGUUUUCACACACUGACAAUUUGUCGAAAACAUUACAAAGUACAAAGAUGUGCGCUGCAAGUGGCCAACGGCUUGCCAGUCUCACGAAAGAAGUCUUACAAAAGAUACGAAGUGACGACUGCUUCAAAUUAUUUUACGAAACUAUUUUAUUGAAAAGUAAAAAUAUUCCCUCAAUUUCAGAGUCAACAUUACUCAGGAAAAGACGUGCACCUGCAAGGUUUGAGAUUGGAACUGGUGUGCCAUCCUUCCCUACGACAUCACAAGAUUAUUACAAGCAAAUAUAUUUUGAAUGCAUCAACUUUAUGAUAAAUGCUAUUGAGCAGCGGUUCGGCCAGCCAAGUUUUAGUGUAUACGAAAAGAUGGAAUCUUUCUUACUUAAAGUUCUUUACGAUCAAGACUAUUCCACAGAGUUGCAGUUUCUUGAAGUCAACUACAAUGAUGACUUGGAUAUUGGAGCCUUGAAAUCCCAACUUGAAGUUUUUAAAUUGCUCAUGAAGGAUACUGAUUGUGUGUCUUUUUACGACAUCAUAGCUAAAAUCAGGGAGUUGGUUGAACUAGAACAGAAUAUGAUAAAUCACAUCAUUACAAUAUGUAUUUUGGUUAAUCCAGCAACAAGCGCAGGUGCCGAAAGAUCAUUUUCUCCUGCUCGAAGAUUAAUGACGUGGCUUCGCUCAAUCAUGUCACAAGAAAGGUUAAAUAACCUGGCGGUAAUAAACGGGCAUAAGGACAGAACCGACAAACUUAACCUUCUUGGUAUUGCCAAUGAAUUUUGCGAUCGAAGCGAGAAUAGGAGAAGAAAUUUUGGUCGUUUUCUUGAAUCAGACAAUCAUUAUGGACAGCAUUCAAACAUAUGUGCUCUUUGUGAAAAAGACUGUUAA